AUGACCGGGCUGCUCUUGGUGACCCUACCACGACCUCGUCCGUUACGCGACACCCCUGGCGCGGCUCACCGAGGUCGAGUACAUCUACGCUCGAGCGGGAGAUUGGCCGCCGAAGGCGACGGCAGCCGGCGAUCGAGGUCCACGUCCCCCGUGCCGGGCUCAAGACGGCAGCGGCCUAAGCCCUUGCCGUUCGCCGCCGCAACCGCCGGUGGUACGGCGCCGGGAGUUCAACGCUCGGCGGCGUCUUCGAGGAUGGCCACUGCACGGGGCGGCGGCUCGCGAUCGUAUCAGCGAGGUAUACGUUUGGCGGCGUUGGUGCUGUUCCUAUUCACGGAGCCUGUCCGUCCCAAGACAAAGAACAUCGCCGAGCUUCUGCUGGAAGACUUUUGGGAAGGCUUGCCUGUCGAGUCCGGGACGCACACGAACGUGCGCAUGGCGGCGAUCUAUAGCCGGCAUGACUCAAGAUGGAUGGACUGA